CAUGGUCUAGACUUAAGUACCAUCAAGAACAUUUUUUCAUUUCAAAAUAUCAACUGCACCAUCAUGGAUUCAAACUCUGCACACAAUCCUGUGUUUCUGGUAUUUCCUCCAGAGAUUAAUGUUCCUGACUUGCGAUCAACAGAACUUACAGCCACAACCUAUGAUAUGAGCGGCCCUUUUCCAAAAUCACUUGCUACAAAAAUGAAAAUCUUAGGGGCUAUGCAGAUCCUGUUUGGAGUGAUGAACUUUUCUUUUGGAGUUGUUUUCCUUUUCACCCUUGAAAAUCCGUACCCAAGGUUCCCUUUUAUAUUUGUUUCAGGAUAUCCAUUCUGGAGCUCUGUUUUGUUCAUUAAUUCUGGAGCCUUCCUAGUCGCAUUGGAAAGAAAAACCACAAAAACUCUGGUGAAGCUGAGCCGACUAAUGAAUUUUCUCAGUGCCCUGGGAGCAUUAGCUGGAGUCAUUCUCCUCACAUUUGGUCUCAUUCUAGAUCAACACUUCUUUUGUGGCUAUGCUGAAACAGUUACUCAGUGUCAGGCUGUUGCUACCCUAUUCGUUGGAAUUUUGAUUAUGUUGAUGGCCUUCAGCAUUACUGAAUUAUUCAUCUCUCUGUCUUUCUCAGUUAUGAGGAGACCCUUUUAUUGUUGUGACUAA